CCCGGGAAGCCAGCCGGCACGCCGCCGCCCUAGACCCAGGGCCAGCACCCCAACAUCGGGAGCCUGCACCCCGAGAUUGGAUCCGGAGAUCUGGAAACCCGAGCCUGGGACUGUGAUCUGGGGCUGGGACCCCAAGACCUGGAGCCUGAACACCCAUAUCUGGGGCUGGGAUCUCAGCAUCAGUCCCUGGGACCCCAAGAUUUGGAGCCUGAACCUCAAGAUUUGGCAUCUGAAACCCCGAAUCUGGAGCUGAACUCUGAAUUCUGCGCCUGGGACCUUGAAAUCUGGGACCGGAUUCCCAUAUCUAUACCCUGGAACCCACUAUUUGGGACCUGAACCCUAAGAUUUAGGCCUCAAAUUCCAAAAUCUGAACCCUGGCAUUCCAAGGCGCCUAAACCUGAGUUUGGGCCUGAAGUCCUUGCUGCAAAUCUGAAUGCUGAAAUUUGGGGCUAGAGACCUCCAAAUCUUGACUAAGCACCCCAGUAUCUGAACCCAGCACCUCAGUAUCUGAUCCUAGGACUGGGCUUGGGGCUCAGACCCUAAACUCUCCAUUUGGCUAUUUAGCAUCCCAAGGCUGGAGCUGGGAGAGCCUGACCCUGAGCAACCCAGACGGGGUCUGGGUCUCUAAAAUUGGACCCUAGAAGCCCAAUAUUUGGAGAGCUAGGACCUGGAGCAUCAAGGUCUAGAGACUCCGUGGCCACAGAUCUGAGCUGGGACGCAACAGACUGUCCCUCUACAGAGGUCUUGGGGACAGGGAAGGCAUGACCAGGUGCCCCCUCCAGAGCCCUGCCCCCUGUCCCCCUGGAGCCUGAAGACACUGCUCCCUGGGGCGGCUUCCAGCUCAGGCCACCCCUGCCCGCGAUGGCCGUCCUCCCGCUGCUCCUCUGCCUGCUGCCGCUGGCCCCCGCUUCAUCUCCACCCCAGCCAGCCACAUCCAGCCCGUGUCCCCGCCGCUGCCGCUGCCAGACGCAGUCCCUGCCCCUGAGCGUGCUGUGCCCGGGGGCAGGCCUUCUAUUCGUGCCACCCUCGCUGGACCGCCGGGCAGCUGAGCUGCGCCUGGCAGACAACUUCAUCGCGGCUGUGCGCCGCCGCGACCUGGCCAACAUGACGGGCCUGCUGCAUCUGAGCUUGUCGCGGAACACCAUCCGCCAUGUGGCUGCCGGCGCCUUCGCCGACCUGCGCGCCCUGCGCGCCCUGCACCUGGAUGGCAACCGGCUGACCUCGCUGGGUGAGGGUCAGCUGCGCGGCCUGGUCAACUUGCGCCACCUCAUCCUGAGCAACAACCAGCUGGCAGCCCUGGCGGCCGGUGCCCUGGACGACUGCGCCGAGACCCUCGAGGACCUCGACCUGUCCUAUAACAACCUGGAGCAGCUGCCCUGGGAGGCUCUGGGCCGCCUGGGCAACGUCAAUACCCUGGGCCUCGACCACAACCUGCUGGCUUCCGUGCCUGCCGGCGCCUUUUCCCGCCUGCACAAGUUGGCACGGCUGGACAUGACCUCCAACCGCCUGACCACCAUCCCGCCCGACCCCCUCUUCUCCCGCCUGCCGCUGCUGGCCAGGCCCCGUGGCUCGCCCGCCUCCGCCCUGGUGCUGGCCUUCGGCGGGAACCCGCUGCACUGCAACUGCGAGCUGGUGUGGCUGCGGCGGCUGGCGCGGGAGGACGACCUCGAGGCCUGCGCCUCGCCCCCUGCUCUGGGCGGCCGCUACUUCUGGGCCGUGGGGGAGGAGGAGUUUGUGUGCGAGCCCCCAGUGGUGACUCACCGCUCGCCGCCCCUGGCGGUGCCUGCGGGUCGGCCCGCCGCCCUGCGCUGCCGGGCAGUGGGGGACCCCGAACCCCGCGUGCGCUGGGUGUCACCCCAGGGCCGGCUGCUGGGCAACUCCAGCCGCGCUCGCGCCUUCCCUAAUGGGACGCUGGAGCUGCUGGUCACCGAGCCGGGCGAUGGUGGCAUCUUUACCUGCAUUGCGGCCAAUGCAGCUGGCGAGGCCACGGCUGCUGUUGAGCUGACCGUGGGUCCCCCGCCACCCCCCCAGCUAGCCAACAGCACCAGUUGUGACCCCCCGCGGGACGGGGAUCCUGACGCCCUCACCCCGCCCUCUGCUGCCUCUGCCUCUGCCUCCGCCAAGGCAGCUGAUGCUGGGCCCCCUACGGACCGUGGCGUCCAGGUGACUGAGCAUGGGGCCACAGCUGCUCUCAUCCAGUGGCCAGAUCAGCGGCCCAUCCCAGGCAUCCGCAUGUACCAGAUCCAGUACAACAGCUCAGCCGACGACAUCCUCGUCUACAGGAUGAUCCCGGCCGACAGCCACUCCUUCCUGCUGACGGACCUGGCCUCGGGCCGCACCUACGACCUGUGCGUGCUCGCGGUGUCCGAGGACGGCGCCACCGGGCUGACGGCCACGCGGCCCGUGGGCUGCGCGCGCUUCUCCACCGAGCCCGCGCUGCGGCCGUGCGGGGCCCCGCACGCACCCUUCCUGGGCGGCACCAUGAUCAUCGCACUGGGUGGUGUCAUCGUGGCCUCAGUACUGGUCUUCAUCUUCGUGCUGCUUAUGCGCUACAAGGUGCACGGCGGCCAGCCCCCGGGCAAGGCCAAGGCGGCCGCCCCCGUCAGCAGCGUCUGCUCGCAGACCAACGGCGCCCUGGGCCCCACGCCAGCCCCCCCGGCCCCUGAGCCCGCCGCGCCCAGGGCCCACACCGUGGUCCAGCUGGACUGUGAGCCCUGGGGGCCCAGCCACGAACCCACGGGACCCUAGCCUCGCGCCACCUCUAUGGCCCUCAGGCCCUAGGGGUGGCAGGACCCAGGCACCUGGUGGGACCUGGCCUCAGACUCACCAAACUGCUCACGGUUUUUAAAACUCUGAUGGGGAGGGUGUCGGGACACCGGGGCACAACAAGAAAGUCCUAUUUUUCUAAGCUUGGGC